AUGGGGACUGUGCCUUCCGUAAUAACAAUAAUGAGACAAGUAAGAAAACUUGUCCACAAUGAGGCAGGUCAAUUAUCAGAGCACCUGAGGCGUCUAGGACUCUUAAAUACUGAAGACCUGGAUACGUACACUCUUCGACAACUAUUUGUAGAUGCAGUUUUAGCUGACGACUGCAGCAUCUCAAACUUCGUCGAAGGUUCCCAGGCAGAUGUUGAAAGGAAAGCCCGCGAGUUUAGCGUAAGAGGUUUUUUUGAUCAAGAAAUUGGCGACUUUGUAAUAAGACUGUGUUCAAAUAUCUUGCAAGUUCCAAUUAUGGUGAUAACGUCUUCUGAAACAAUUCCUUUUUUGCCCUUCAACUGCGAUAAUCCUUUGAGUAACACCCCAAUCUAUAUUGCUUACCAUUAUUUUGGGGCAGGCCAUUACGAUGCUACGGAGAGCAUAACCAAUGGUAAGUUGAAGUGAAUGGUAAAUUUAACAGGGAUAAGUCUGUCAACUCAAGGAACUGCGUUAUGGGCAGCCGUAAAAUCAAAAGUUGUAAAUACCAGUUUGUUAUGGGUGACCAAACUUUUAUCAUCCAUGUCAUGAUCAUAAUAAUGACUUAUUUUGACGUGUUAUAAGUUUUAUAAUUACUCAAGUGGGGCUAACAAUGGGUUUUAUGUUAAAUAGUUGGUCACGUGAUCGACUUUCUUCAGAAUAUGUUCAAAAGGCGCGAUUGCAACGCCUACCGAGAGUACAAGGAUUUGUAUGCUAGAAAAAUUCAACCGUGACUGGGUGGCAAGAGUUUAUUUUCCCAAUCGCUAUUUUCACAUACACCAUAAUGGUUACAAUGGUUUACAAUGGUUAUUCAAAAAUUUGGGAGGUCAACAAGGUGCAAUACGGCGUAUUUAAAAAGGUUGAAUACGAACAUUCUAAUUGUCGUCGGCCGUUUACAAUCGCUACUUUUGAAAUAUACGACUGAAAAUUUGCAGGUUAUGUAAUUUUAAUACGCCUUUUUCAGUUCUUUCUAACACUAGUUUUUCCUAAACUCACUAAGUUUUGUUUUCAGUCAGUUGUUGGCAUAUACAAGGAAACCUGAGACAGACCUCGAUCGGUUAGGCAACCUCGAGACCUAUGAAUACCACUAUAGUCCAUUAAAGCCUUGCUAGUAGUUACACGGCCGGUAAAACGAAAAGGAACAGCAACGAUACUAAACAACCUAACAAUAAUGAUAACAACAAUAAUGAUAAUAAAACCAAGUAAUCAACGAUUUUUUUUUCCAGAUCCUAUCGAGGCUGAACUUCAACAUGCUCAGGAACAGGCAGUUUCCCCAAUUUGCUAUUGUGGACGGAAGGCAAAAUCCAGAAGUGAGCGCUUUUGUGUUUCAACUGAAAAAUCUCGUUGCCCGUGUGUUUCUAACAAAAAAAAUUGCCAAGCUCAGUGCAAGUGCCGCAACUGCGACAAUCGCAGUCAGAAUCGCCAAAAACUGUCAUGCCGGUGUGGAGAGAGCAGGGCUAAAGGACGGAAAACAGGUCAAACCUCUUGCAUAGAUGUAAGUGGUCAGAGGCGAACAAAAUGUCCCUGCUACUCCAAUGGUAAACCUUGCUCUAUCCUCUGCUCAUGUUUCAACUGUGAAAAUAGAUAUGGAAUAAGGGUUACUCACAGCACAGACGAUUGUAAGGCAGAGAAAAAGAGUAGAAUAACUUCUAAACCACCAUCAUUGAAGAGGCGGCGAACAGCAGCUAUCCUGGAGGAGGAGGGAUCUGAUUUGCAGCCCGGACCAUGGACCCUCGAAGAGAGCUGUCUGUUAGACUCCGUUGAGUCAUUCAUUUUGAACACGUGUGUUAUCCCACGUUACAGAAAUAUAUCCAUAUUGUAUAAUUUUGUGAGCAAGGGUCUGCGUGGAAAUAAUAUACAGUUUACAGUAUAA